CCAGCGUGACGGUGUUUCUGUCGGAAAAGUCUUUGAAUGAGCUGUCAGACAGAACAUAGCUAAGCGUUCCCCCAUUUAGAGGCUAUCAAGGACAAGUUUCAACCUAGCACCUCAUCGAAAAUGGAUGACGAAUACUCAUAUUAUGGCGAAGAUGAACGAGAAGGAAAUGAAGAUCUUUGUUUUUUUAACGUCCGUGACCAUGUUGACCAAGAUGACGGAGUUCGUGAGACAAUUGAGGAGAAUAUAGACAGAGAGUUGGAUUCAUCAUCUGCCAUAAACAAGAACAAGCAAGAAGGCCAGGAGGAGGAAGAAGAAGACUCAGAAGAAUUAGAGCGAAAAACAAAAGAACUGCAAGUGAUAUUCAAUUGUUUACCACCAGUUCUUAUCAAAAGAGUUCUCGGUCGAGAAGACGUUAAGGGAAGUAUCGAGAAAGCGAGUCGGAAGCUACAAGAGUUUCAAGAUAUGGAGAAUCCUGCAGACAGGGAGACCGCGUUAGGGCAGGGAACCACAGUGGUAACAGAAGGCGUGGUAAAAUUUGAAUACGAGGAGCACAGGGGCCAUGAUAUCAAAGGCGACGAUGAUUACGCUGAAGAAGAAGGAAAUAAAGAUCUUGGUUCUUUUAACGCCCGUGAACAUGUUGACCAAGAUGACAGGGUUCAUGAGACAAUCGAGGAGAAUAUAGACACAGAGUUGGAUUUAUCAUCUGCUAUAAACAAGAACAAGCAAGAAGACCAGGAAGAGGAAGAAGAAGACCCAGAGGAGUUAGAGCGAAAAUCAAAACAAUUGCAAGGUAUUUUCAGUUGUCUACCAUCAGUUCUUAUCAAGAGAAUUCUCCGUCGAGAAGACGUCAAGGGAAGUAUCGAGAAAGCAAGUCAGAAGCUACAAGAGUUUCAAGAUAUGGAGAAUCCUGCAGUCCUUUUUAAAAAUCCGGCUGAAGGAAAACCAUCGGCGGAAAGACCUGAAGGAAAAUUUGAAGCUACUCAGACACGCAGCUCUAUUAAGCAAGCUUGGGUGGCAGAGGGAAAACCCUACCGAGGCCCUGAACAGGAAAGUAACAGAGGGAGGAAAAAGGGAAGAAAGCCCAGGGAAAAAAAUCAAAAGCAAGGGCAAUAUGACGAUGCAGUACGACACGAUGAAGGUAGGAAUAGUUGUGAUGGUGAUAUAUCAGAUCAAAGUGAAGGGAACCAUGCUUAUAGAGGCCACAACCCAACAUCGCCACCUGAUGCACCGAAACCACAAUCAACUCGAUCACUUUCACAGUCCAGAAAACCAGAACGUUCGCAAGAAGUAACUCGGUCACCUUCACCAUCCAGCAGGAAAGUAUCGCCACGAAAACCACUGUCAGAUCCAUCACCCUCGCAAUCAGGCCAAAAAUCAACACCACCACCUGUUGCACCGAAACCACAAUCAACUCGAUUACUCGAUCACUCGACACCCAAACCGAAGGAAACGGCUAGUGGACGAGGUGGGAGGCCAGGAGGCAAUUACCGGGAACAAUAUCCAAUUCCAGGAGAUUUUCAGGAGAGCGACCAGUUUCCAGAUGCCGAAGAUCAAUCUCAGUUCAUGCUAAGGCAACUGAGCCAACGAAAUCGAGGAAGUAGAGAUUGUCAUGAAAUGCAGGUUCAUCCAGUAUCUUUGAGGGAGCUUGUCGGCAGUGAAACUAUAGCCCCCAGUUCUAUUGAUGAUUCCGAUAGAGAGAAGGUCAGACAAGAUGAACCCAGCAAAAUCGGACAGGAAGACAGCGGUAGGGCACAGAACCGCCGUAGUAACAGAGGACGUGGUCAAACUGGGAUAAGAGGAGCACAAAGCAAGUCCAGUGUGACGGGAGAGGGGCCUGCUGACAUGGUGGAAAACGGAGAAGAUCGGCCUCAAUUUGAAAGAAAUAAAUUACUAAUCCAGGGGUUAGGAGGGAAAACAACUGAAGACGGAUUGAGGAACUUUAUUGAGGCAAAGAGCGGUGGGGAAGAGGUUAAAGACGUACAGAUGCUGAAGAAUGGAAAUGCCUUGGUCAUUAUGGCCGAUAAUAUCAAAGAUUUCAGAAAAAUCAAUACCGAAUGCGAAGAAAGAGGUCUGGACGAUGCACAGGUUUCCAUUGAACAAGUCCCGGUUUGCAAAAGCAUCCUUGUCACUGGCUUUUCUAAAAAUGUUACCCAUAAUUUUAUUGAACAGUACUUUGAGAGUCCUCGAAACGGUGGGGGUCCUGUGGAGAAGGUUCACUACAUACCGAAAAGUGGCCGAGCUGUGGUUGUGUUCCAAUAUACAAAAGAUAUGGAAAGGGUAUUAACGAGACAUGAGGAGAAACCUCACGUGUUACAACAAACCCAGGUGUCAAUUGAAGUUUAUAAAGAGUUUCUAGAGGUUGAAGAAGCUGAUGUAGUAGAUGGUUCAGGUGACUUAGGAGCGACUGCAAUCAGAGCCAGUGAAGCUCGAGAGAGCAAGAAGCACGAUGCCAAACCAAAACAGUUGCACGUACCUGUGGAUCCAGAUGUCAUGGAGUAUGUCAAUUCCACAGGUUUCCAAGCUGAACUGAACAAUUUGAUGGCUGUAAAGAAGAGCGAAAUCACCUGGAAAGCCAACAAAAAAAUGGCUGUCAUAGUGUACCGUGGGGAAGAAGAGAGCAAUUCCUGGCAAUCUGAAUGCGUUAAUCAGCUGCAAAGCUACUUCGGCAAGUUUGCAAAGUGCGAUGUGCAGGUCAGCAAGGAUUUCUGGGAAGCCGUGGUAGCUAAAGUUCCCAGCAUUCGCGCCUGCUUGGGAGUUGUUCCCCCGCUGGUCAAGACUAUUCCAGAUUCAAAUGUGGCUAGGAUCGUUUCAUUAGGAACAGAUGUGAAAAGUAACGAGGAAAAGGUGAAGUCUAAGUUAGAAGAAAUCUACCGCGAGGAAACCAGAAAAACUUACUUAAAGAAGAAAAUUCCAAAUGUUCCUAAGAAGCGCUUAAUUUUUCUGAAGAAAAUAAAACUUGCUGAGAAACUUCAAGAAAAGAACAAAGAGUUGGAGAUCAAGUUCGAUGGUGAAGCUGAAGAAGUAUAUUUGGAAGGUCCCCACAAAGCCAUAGCAAGACAGAGUGGUCCACAAGUGCAACAGGAAUGCAACCAACUGGGAAAGCAAUCUCCUGGAACAGCGGUAUUAACCAACGGAGGUAGUUUACAAGUACCUUAUAUUAUUCACAUUAUUCCUGGCUCUUCAGAUAAGAAACAUCUCCAGCAAUGUUUGGAGGAGGGUCUUCGUAUUGCGGACACCAAUAACUUUCAAGCGAUCUCAAUUCCAUGUGUUGGCACAGGAGGCUACGGCUUGACUGGAGCAGACUCAGCGGAACUGACGUUCAAAGCACUAAAUGCAUUCAGUGUCCGCUGUAAAAGCAUUAAAAAGGUGAGGGUGGUUGUGUUUCAGGCUUCUAUGAUGCAGGAGUUUCUACGAGAGCAGAAGAAACAACCACUGCAAGAUAUUGAAGAAGAAGACAGUGAUGCAGAGAAUGCAGCUGCUAGGCAAACCAGAAGACUGAGACGUAGGCAGGUACCAGUCCAAGAUAAUGAAGACUUUGUAAGAAUAUCUGUGAUCGGUAAAGACAAGUUCAGCGUGAAAGGAGCCUUGAAAUCCCUGAAGAGAAAGUUAGGACCCGCUUCAACAUCCUGGCCGGGUUAUCGAACAACUAGGGGAGCACCUGAUACGCUGAAACUGAUAUCGAAAGAGACUUGGAGGGAAGAUCUAGUUCUCAGAGAACCCGAUGGCAAGGAGAAGAGGUCUGGACGAUGCAAAGGUCUGGACGAUGCACAGGUUUCCAUUGAACAAGUCCCGGUUUGCAAAAACAUCCUUGAAACUGGUUUUUAUGAAAAUGAUCAGUUCAUGUUGUACUUUGAGAGUCCAAGAAACGGUGGGGGUCCAGUGGAGAAGGUUCACUACUUACCUAAAAGUGGCCGAGCUGUGGUUGUGUUUCAAUAUAAAAAAGAUAUGGAAAGGGUGUUAACGAGACAUGAGGAGAAGCCUCACGUGUUACAACAAACCCAGGUGUCGAUUAAAGUUUAUCAAGAUUUUCUAGAGGUUGAAGAAGUUGAUGUAGCAGAUGGUUCAGGUAACUUAGGAGCGACUGCAACCGGAGCCAGGGAAGCUCGAGUGAGCAAGAAGCACGAUCCCAAAACAAAGCAGCUGCACAUACCUGUGGAUCCAGAUGUCAUGGAAUACAUCAAUUCCACAGGUUUCCAAGCUGAACUGAACAAUUUGAUGGCAGUAAAGAAAAGCGAAAUCACCUGGAAAGCCAACAACAAAAUGGCUGUAAUAGUAUACCGUGGGGGAGAAGAGAGCGAUUCCUGGCAAUCUGAAUGCGUUGACAAGAUGCAAAGUUACCUCGGCAAGUUUGCAAAGUGCGAUGUGCAGGUCAGCAAGGAUUUCUGGGAAGCUGUGGUAGCUAAAGUUCCCAGCAUUCGCGCCUGCUUGGGAGUUGUUCCCCCGCUGGUCAAGACUAUUCCAGAUUCAAAUGUGGCUAGGAUCGUUUCAUUAGGAACAGAUGUGAAAAGUAACGAGGAAAAGGUGAAGUCUAAGUUAGAAGAAAUCUACCGCGAGGAAACCAGAAAAACUUACUUAAAGAAGAAAAUUCCAAAUGUUCCGCAGAAGGGCUUAAAUUUCCUGAAGAAAAUAAAAAUUGCUGAGAAACUUCAAGAAAAGAACAAGGAGUUGGAGAUCAAGUUCGAUGGUUAA